GAAAAUUACACUAUCGUAUACGAUAUGGACUCAGCAGAGAAACAAGACAUCGGUAACCUUGCUGCUUCAAUUGAUUAUUUUACAAACAGUCUUUAUCAAGCUGUGGCUACAGGAACCAAUGAAAAUGUCUUCAUGUCACCAUUCAGUGUUGCUACUGUUUUAUCAAUGGUUUAUUUGGGAGCAAGACAAAACUCUGCCAAACAGUUUGAAAAUGUUUUGAAGAUAACAUCAAAUCCAGAUUCUGUAGCUUUGGCUUUUAAAGAAUAUUUUUCACUUUUGAAAAACUCAGAUAAACUCGUCACAUUCAAUUCAGUGAAUCGUUUGUAUGCCAGUGAAAAAUUCCCUAUUUCAGAAGACUACAAGAACAACAUGGUAAAAUAUUUCUUUUCAGAUAUUGAAAAUGUAGAAAUGUUCCUUGAAGGAUGUAGCCAAAAAAAAUUUGUCGGAUGGCGUGAUAUGGUCAUGUGGAAGGCCUUGCAGAAAAAUGGUUUCAAUUAG